AUGGUGGGUACCUGGACCCUCGAAGACGUGAAGCAAUACCUACGCGAGGCGGCUACUGAGGCACAGCUCGACAUCGAAGAGCGCGGUCCGCUCGAAUUCACGGACCAGCCCCCGGAGCGGCAUGAAUGGACGGAGGAGAUGGUGGAGCGGAUGAACAGGACGAUCCGUGCGCUGCUCAACAGCCCGGUCUCCUAUGAGGCGUUGGACGAGAUACUCAAGUGGUAUCUACUGGACGAGAGAUGGCGGCAUUCCCUCAACUACGUCCCCAAGGGCAUUCUCUUCCCUCGCGUCCUUGACGAGUGCUUCGCCUGGCAGUAUUGGGACGAGCCGGCGGAGGGAGCGUGGAAGGAAGGUCUCUCAUUGGAGACGUUCCUGUCCGAAUGGCGGCAGUGCCAGGUGAAGGAGUGGGACAUCAGGACGCCGAAGGAGGAGGAGGACGCCGGAAUGCAGGCAUUUGCAGAGAUCUGGCUGCGUGAGUACUUCGUCUUCUGGGACCCCUGUCCAGGAGUUCGAGGACACCGACGCCCGACGAUGAUGUAUGAGAUCGACCGUGGGCGCGUCACGGACGAGGACCGCAAGAAGGCGAUGCAGAGACGCGGUAUCUACCUCGCGAUGAAGGCCAAGGGUCACGCACCGGCCGCAAUGAGCGACCCAAUUCCGCUGAACAAGUACAAGAGGCCGAAGGACCUUCCACCGAAAUCGCUCGACACCGUGUUCUACGGCAAGGACUGCUGCUUGCGCUGCCUGGACAGAGGCUUAGUCGAUUGCCGCGUCCCGAAGAGGGACUAUGAGGACCCGCGCUGCGUCGCGUGCAUCGACGCACGCAAGGGGUGCUCUUUCAAGUGCGUCAAGUACUACGCGCACUCGAGCAAGCCAUGCGCGCACCCCGCCAAGUCGUGCGCGCACGAGGACUUCGCGGGGUCGUACAGAUGGGAUGCAGAGGCUUCCGAUGUCGGGGCCGCUGGGAAACGCGGAGCCCCCGAGAACGAGGAGGUGAUGGGAGAGGAGGGGACAGCUGCGAAACGCGUGAAGCGUCGGAAGCUCGUCGAGUAG